AUGUCUACUGUAAAUGAAAAUAAAAUAGAUGACAAUCCUCAUAAUGAGACGUCUGGUGCUUUAGAUAAUAUUUCUAGUGAGGUUGAUAUUAACUCUAGUGAUAACACCAUGACUAAGAUAGAUACUAAUAUUAUAAAUGAUGGUCAUAAUAGUAUCUCUGAAACAUCAACCGCUGAUUCUUUAUCAAAUCAAAGUUCGGACUCUAAUUCAAUUUCUACUCCAAUCGCAGAAAAGCAACAAGUGGGCGAAGAAGAAGAAGAUGCGAUUGAUCCAAAAGAUUUAGAAUGGGAUGGUCCUGCUGAUAUGGAUAAUCCUCAUAAUUGGCCUCUAUGGAAAAAAUGGACCGCAACGAUGACAGCUGCGAUGUUAUGUCUUGUGGUUACCAUGGGUUCAUCAUUAUAUGUUGCAUCUGUUCCAGAAUUUGAAAUACGAUACCAUAUAUCACAAACUUUAGGUUUAGCAGGUCUAACAUUUUAUUUAUUAGGGUUAUCAACCGUUAUAGGGGCUCCUUUAAGUGAAGUGUUUGGUCGUAAGAUUAUUUAUUUGACUUCUUUACCUUUAUCAUGUUUAUUUACAAUGGGUGUUGGUUUAUCUAAUGGCCAUAUGAGAAUCGUCUUACCAUGUAGAUUCUUUUCUGGUGUGUUUGCUUCCCCUGCUUUAUCUAUUGCUUCAGGUACCAUUAUGGAUAUCUUUGAUGUUGAUGAAGUCUCCACUGCAAUGACAUUUUUCUGUGUAGCUCCAUUUAUGGGUCCUGUCAUGUCACCAAUUAUUUCUGGGUUUGCAGUUGAAUCACAAGGUUGGAGAUGGAGUCAAUGGAUUCAAUUGUUUGCUGCAGGUUUAAUCUUCCCAUUUAUUUUAGUGAUGCCAGAAACUCAUAAAGGUGUUAUCCUUAGAACAAGAGCUAAAAAGAGAAAUUUAAAAUUAAAACAAUUUUCAAAAGAGGAUCAAAAACAAUUUUUAAAGAUUACCAUGACAAUUACCGUCUUAAGACCUUUAAAGAUGUUGGUUGUUGAACCUAUUGUCCUUGUCUUUUCAAUUUAUAUUGCAUUUAUCUUUGCUGUGUUAUUUGCUUUCUUUGAAGCUUAUCCAGUUAUCUUCCGUGGUGUUUAUCAUAUGGAUCUAGGUAUUUCAGGUUUACCUUUCUUAGGGAUCGGUAUAGGUCUUUGGAUUGGUUGUAUUUUCUAUUUAUAUAUUGAUAGAAAAUAUUUGUUUCCAAAGGCUCCUGAUGGAACUCCAGAAUUAGAAAAUCCUACUUCAUUACGUACUACACCAUACAGAGGUCAUCGUGAUCCAGAGACUGGGAAAUUGAAACCUGUUUGUCCAGAGGACUUCCUAUUGGCUUGUAAGAUUGGUUCUUUAGCAUUACCUAUUGCUUUGUUCUGGCAAGCUUGGACCGCAAGACAUGAUGUUCAUUGGAUGGCUCCUGUUGCUGCCGGUGUUCCAUUUGGUUUUGGUUUGAUUUUAAUCUUUUUCAGUUGUAUCAUGUACUUCUCUGCUUCAUAUCCACCAUUAUGUGUUGCAUCAUGUAUGGCUGCUAACAAUAUGUUAAGAUAUGUCACUUCAUCCGUAUUUCCAUUGUUUACUGUUCAAAUGUAUGAAAAGAUGCAAAUUAAAUGGGCUUCUACUUUAUUUGCUUUCAUUUGUAUUGCAAUGUUACCAAUCCCAUGGAUCUUUGAAAGAUGGGGUGAAAGAUUAAGAAAUAAAUCUGUCUUCGGUUAUGCUGCAAUGUUACGUGAAGCUGAACAAGCUCAAGGUGGAUCUAGUGAGGAUGUCACUGGUGAUUUAGAUUUGACUAAAUUGGCUACUUUACAAACUAUGGAAACAGAAUUAUCUAGAACAGAUUCUCACAGUGGCUAUUAUGAUGCUCAUCAAGCACCUUUGAAUAUCAAUAGAACUCUUUCAAGAAAGAGUAAACAUUCUCAAUUAGACAACGGUACAAACUUAGAGCACCGAAGUUUACACAAAGGAGAUAACCAGGACAAUGAUUCUACUGUGGAUCGUGUGAGACCAGAAAGUAUAUAUGCUAAUGUGAACCAGGAUCAAGAUCUAGAAGAUUCUCAGAUUGAGCAAUCGGAACUUUCUUCUAGAAUAGUAUAA